CUCUAACUGUUUUCUCCUCUUUUGCUGGCUAGGUAAUCGGAGGAUUGAACGUAAAGCUGGGGGUUUCCGUAAAGCUGCUCUGAGCAGGCACCGUCUCGAGAACAGCCUUUAUUCUUGAGACGGGUGUAAAACUUGUCAGCGGUUCUAUUACAGGGUAAAAAAUAAUACUUGGAAGGAUAAAGGUAAAAAUUGCAGAAAUCGUUUGAAAAGAAAUAGUUCAUUGUGCGGGCUCGUCCUCCACACCGAGUCCAUCUAUGCAUCACCUCUGAAAGUAAUAACAAUGUAACGAUGAUGAUAACGAUGUAUUCUUCUUUCAAAUAUGUGGGUAAUAUUUUCAUGAAGCAUUGCCAACAAAGUGACUUAGGGAAGAGGUACUAUAUAUUAACUCUACAAUCAGACUGGGUUCCAUUCUACUCCCAAGAAUUCUGUCAUAAUGGGAGAUCUCAUUUUGUUUGAGACUGGAUAUAGUUGAAAUCAAACCACACACCAAGAGGGUAUGAUGGAUAAGAAGCCCCCAAAACCAGCUCCUCGCAGGAUCUUCCAAGAAAGGUUAAAGAUUACUGCUCUACCUUUGUACUUUGAAGGUUUUUUGUUAGUCAAGAGGUCAGAAUGCCAGGAGUAUAAACAUUACUGGACAGAGUUGAGAGGAACUACACUUUUUUUUUAUUCUGACAAAAAAAGUCCAACAUAUGUUGACAAGUUAGACAUAAUAGACCUCACAUGCCUUACUGACCAGAAUUCAACCGAAAAGAAUUGCGCAAAAUUCACCCUUGUUUUACCAAAAGAGGAAGUGCAACUGAAGACAGAAAACGCAGAAAGUGGGGAAGAGUGGAGAGGCUUCAUUCUUACAGUAACAGAGCUGUCAGUUCCCCUACACGUGUCACUCCUUCCUGGGCAAGUAAUUCGACUGCAAGAAGUCCUAGAGAGAGAGAAAAGGAGGAGGAUUGAGACAGAGCGGAUACCGAGUUCAGCUAUAGAAAAGGAGCAGGAACCUACUGAAGAUUAUGUGGAUGUACUGAACCCUAUGCCAGUAUGUUUUUAUGCAGUGUCCCGGAAAGAAGCAAUCGAGAUGCUUGAGAAGAACCCUUCUUUGGGAAAUAUGAUCCUGAGGCCUGGUAGUGACAGCAAAAACUAUUCCAUCACUAUCCGGCAGGGGAUAGACAUGCCAAGAAUCAAGCACUACAAAGUGAUGAGUGUAGGAAAAAACUACACCAUUGAACUGGAAAAACCUGUAACGCUCCCAAACCUGUUCAGCGUCAUUGAUUAUUUCAUGAAGGAGACUCGAGGAAAUUUACGACCAUUUAUAUAUUCAACUGAUGAACGCCUUGAGACAGAGAGAGACAGAGCAUGAGCAGGGGAGGGGCAGAGAGAGAGAGGGAGACACAGAAUCCGAAGCAGGCUCCAGGCUCUGAGGCAUCAGCACAGAGCCUGACGCGGGGCUCGAACUCACAAACCGCGAGAUCAUGACCUGAGCCGAAGUCGGACACUUAACCGACUGGGCCACCCAGGCGCCCCGACAUAUGCUUUUAGGAUUGUUGUCUUUUUGGGGAUUAAUCCCUUUAUCAUUAUGGAAUUUUCCUUGUCCUGGAAUGCACUUUGAUAUUAAUAAAACCACUCCAACUAAAAAAAGCGUUUGCAUAGUUUUUCAGUCCUUUUACUCAUCUGUGUCAUUCUAUCUAAGCUAGGUUUCUUGUAGGCAACAUAUAUUUAAGUUUUUGCUUUUUAAAAAAUCCAUUCUGGGGGCGCCUGGGUGGCUCAGUUGGUUAAGCAUCCGACUUUGGCUCAGGUCAUGAUCUCGCGGCUCUUAAGUUCAAGGCCCGCAUUGGGCUCUGUGCUGACAGCAGAGCCUGGAGCCUACUUUGGAUUCUGUGUCUCCCUCUUUGUCUGCCCCUCCCUUGCUCAUGCUCUGUCUCUCUCUCUGAAAAAUAAACAUUAAAAAAAAUAUUUCAAAAUCCAGUCUGAAAAUUUCUGACUUUGAAAUGUCUAUUUACAUUUAGUAUGGUUUUUGAUAUGGUUGGAUUUAUGUCUAACAUUUUUUCACCGGUCUUCCUGUUCCCCCAACAUCAUCCUGACCUCUUUUUGAUAUGAAUGCUUCUUAGUAUUCCAUUUUUAUUUAUUUAUUGACUUUUUAGCUAUCUUGUAUUAUCAUAAUGGUUGUUCUAGAAAUCACAACAUACAUAUGUAACUUUUCUCAAUCCAUUUAAGGUUAAUAAUUUUGCUACUUCAAGGAAAAUGUAGAAGACUUGUAACCACAAAGGUCCCUUUACUCUUUCCUCUAAGUUGCCUUGUACAUUAUAUCUACAUAACAAUGAGAAUCCCAACAAAUUAUAAUUUUUGUUCUCAAUAGUUACAUUCAAGAAUUUGAGAAAAGAGAAUUUCCUAGGUAUUUCCCAUUCUUGUUGCUUGUUUUCCUGUGGUAUCAUUUUCCUUCAACUUGAAGAACUACUGAGCCCAUCAAGUGAAUCUUUUAUUUUAGAUAUUUUUUUCAUUAAAAAAAUUCUGCUUGGUUUUUAUUUCUUUGUUGAGAACAUCUAUCCUUGAUUUGUUUCAAGAGUGUUUAUCACCAUCUCAUGGAGCACAGCUCAUUAAAGCCUUUGUCUGAUAAUUUCAACAUCUUGGUUAUCUUCAUUUUGGCGUCUGUUGUCUUUUUGACAGUUGGUCACAUUUUUUCUGGUUCUUUGUCUACCAUGUAAUUUUGGUUUGUAUCUUAGACAUUUUUGGUAUACUAAGUCACAAGCCUCUGGAGGGUUUUUAUUUUUAAAAGCAGACAAUCAUUCUAAUUAGAUUGAACCUAUUCUGCCUUACCAUUUGUGGGAAGGGGUUCCAGUAUCGUUGUUUGCAAAACCAUUGUUAUAUUGGUUUGGGUCUGUCUCAUGCAUGUGUAUAUCAGGGAUUGGUCUGGGACUUAGACAGUGGUUUAUAGUUUAGUUAUAGACUAUACACAUACAUAAUAAACUACAUGUAUAGACAAAUAAACUGUUUAUCUUAUAUGGUUUGGUGGUUUUUAUUUUACUUCUCAAAGCCUUUGCUGUUUUGCCUGUUCUGUGCAUGCACAGAUUAGGGGUGAGCCUGGAAUUUAUGUCACUUCAUACACAGAACUAGUGGGUGCGUUUUCAGCUCUCUCACCUCUCUAGAAUUUCCCUCACUCUCCAACUACCAAUGGUCCUUUUUCCUGGUCUUCUAGGUAAAGAUAGGGCUUCUUAACAGUUGGAGCCACCUGUGCUGCCAUGUAGUUCUGUGAAACUGGGGCUGCCCUUGGGAAAAGACAUUAAAAGAAGAGAAAGAAAAAAAUAUUCCAACCUAAAUCCAACCCUUGACCCUGGCAGUCCUUGCCCAUCCUGUCCACCCAUUCUUUAGGCCACAAAGUCCACUUUUCCUAGGUUCCUUAACCAGAAUGAGCUUUCUCUGGGGGUGUUAGGUGCUUAUGCUGCCAUCCAUUGCUACAGUGCUGAGCCAUCCUCAGAGCAGGGUCAGAAGAGAAAAAAAUAAAGAAUGGAAAGAAAUAACCAAAAAUGGUCUGUCCACAUAAAAUGUCAAUGCUUUUAGAAACAGACAACCAGAUUACUAUUGCUCCGGUGACUGAACUGAUUCAGUUUGCUUUGCGAUCAGAACAAAUUAGUCAACAUCCCUGGAUUUCAGAUUGCCUUGUUAGAAGAGUUAGGGAGCGACAUAUGAACAUAUCGAAUUAGAUGGUCACAUGAAGAGAGACUUCAAAUAAUUAGACUAUCUUCUGUAAUGUAUUUUCUUUCAAAAGCAGAAAGAUGAUGAAAGAGUAAACUGGAAGAGUAAAUGAAAGUGGAAAAAGGACUUAAAAAAAAAAAAAAAACCUACAAAAAGACCAAAACCCACCUUGACAAAUAGUGUGUAAGCUUUAAGGAAACUGUGGGGAACCCUACAAUUGUUUUAGGAGUUUAGGCUCAUAGUUGCUUGAGGCACAGUGGGGAUGCUGGGGCUGUGAGCUUUAACUUGCCUCAAGUUGGGAAAUGGCAGUUGUAGAGCACCUAAGGGUUAAAAUCUGGAGACUUGGAGAAAAUUAAGGUGUUUCCAAAAACAUACUAUCAAAAAGAAAAUGAGAUUUUCUUUGAUCCUGAUGUUAAUCCAUGUCAACAUUCAACUUUUUCUUUGACACCAAAAGGAAAGAACAAUGAUAAAACCAGGAUGAUCAAAGAUAUCUCCUUAAUUUAUUUUUUCCAAUCUCAGAAAUCAGCAGUUUAAACUAAAAGUCACUUUAAAAUAUGGUAGGGUACAUAACUGAUAUUAAGCUAGCCAGGAAGGAAAACUAUGCUCCCUAGAUAAAAAUUUAUUAAGAACCAAGUCACAAGAAUAAAAUAAAAAUCUGAAAAGCAUAUGAAUACUCAUUAUUUAAUUAACAUUUAUUAAACACACCACCAACGUUCCAAGUACAAAAAGGAAAAUCAAUUCACACUGAAAAUAAAGAACUGCUCUGUUUCUUGAUACUGGUUCUUUACUUAAUAAAGCGUUUCCGCCCACAAUUUCUAGGCUGAGAACCCAUCAAAGAAGGGAGAAGAAAAAGGUAGGAGAAAAAUCUACAUAUUGCAUGAAAUAAAAUAGGAAAAGCACCUUUAUGUAUCUUGAUAACUUAUUAUUUUUAAAAGGAAGAUCUUGCUUGUAAAGAAAAUUACUUCUAUUUUCCUGAUCUUGAUUACCAAGUCACUUACCUGAAUACCAGAAUUCAUUAUCUGAAUACAAUUUCAUGAUCUUACCUGAAUGAAACCAAUUUACUGGGAAACCAUACAAUAUGGCUGUGAGAAUAACUCAUAGAUAUACACAGUCCAUGCAAUGAUAUAAGUUGGAAACAUAUGGUUCUUUCUCAAGGAAAUUUUUAUUUUCCUAGGCUUCAAUUAGGUACAUUUUCCUCUACACGAUUUUCCAUAGCAGAUUUUCUAGUUCUCCUAAAUUCUAGCCAAUUCCAAAAAAGCCUCACUAGGUUUGGUUGAGAUCUGAUUUGAUCAACUUAUCAAAUACAUUCUGAGUAUCUAGUUAGAAACCAGAGACAUGAAACAUACUAGAAGUUCUUUCUUAAUGGAAAAACUCCAUUCUAUUUUCUCUUACUGGAAAUAAAUAAAAUUUAUCAAUUUUCAUGUUUUCCCCCUAUGUUGUCUUUUUUGCUAGCUUAAAAUCAACCCACACUUCCUUCUGUAAAAAUAUUAAUCUACAAAGAUGGUAAAAGGCUAUGUAAUCACCCAUUUCACAAGUAUGACACAGUAGGAGACUGAUUAUAAUCCGAAUUCCUUAAAAAUACUAACUCUUCAGCCCCAUACUAAUCUACUGAAUCAAAAUCUCAGGAAUAUUUUUUAAUUAUUUUUUUCCCUUGAAAAAUAAGCUUAUGUGAGAAAACUUAUUAGGAAGACAAUGUGAGAUGCAAGGAGAAGAUGACCAUCUACAAGCCAAUGAAGCCUCAGAAAAAAGCAACUCUGUUGACACCCUGAUCAGUCUAAGCCUCCAGAAGUGUGAGAAAAUAAAUUUCUGUUGUUAAAGCCACUUAGUCUGUGGUAUUUGUUACAGAACCCUAGCAAACCAAUUAUAUAGGAUUCCUGAAAAUAGGCAGAAUCCUAAGCCUCCUUAACCUUACAGAGUUAAUUUCUAGAAGUUGUUGGCCCAGAAAUCUGCCUUUUAAUCACACACCACAAUAAAGUCUGCUUUAUACAAUCAAGUCUGCAAACUACUUCUUUAAAAUCUAUUGUGAUAUCAAAUGUGUUAACUCUUGCAAAGAUAACAAAAGAACCAUCAAAUCUGAUUCUUAUUCUUAAAGGCCUUACAAUUGAGUUAGUCCAAAUAUUGAUAAGAAGUAAGAGAAUGGGGUGCCUGGGUGGCUCAGUCAGUUAAGAAUCCAACUUCAGCUCAGGUCAUAAUCUCGUGGUUCAUGAGUUAGAGCCCCAGUUUGAGCCCCACAUUGGGCUC